GGCAUUACGAUGCUUUCCGCUACAGAGGCUCAUCCACAGAAAAAACGGUCACUGGCGGUAAAUGUUAUCUACCGUAAACGCCGCCAUCGGCCCCGUACCCACACAUUUCCCAUUCCAUCGCGGACAAAGUCGCCUAGUCUGUCGUUUUCUAUUGCUCAUAUGGUUCUGCAGAAAGCAGACGCAGUUUACUCAUCGUUUUCGUCGAAUCCAGAUCACCGCACUGCGGGUGAUGGUGUAUUUGCGGUAAUGUGCUUACAGCCUAGCUUCGUGUAUUUUUCCGACCAAGUGCUGUGCGAUUCGUAUCGCCGCGUUGAUCGCACCCAGUCGAAUCCAUCACUUCUGACAGCGUUGUCACCCGAUGGACUGACUCGGCAAUCAUGCCCUCUUUUCGGGGGGAAACGGAACGAUGGUAUCAACUGGCUGGUCUGCGACACGAGGGUUAGAAUGCACUUGUCUGCAACCAAACCAGUCUGCACUCUGGUUAGCCGUGCACAUUCUUCCUUGUCGUUGGGAUUCUGGCAUCCGAUGCAUUAUUCAAUGUCUGCAGAACAAACAUUCAUAGAGUGGUCUCAUCUGGCAUUGUCUCAGUGUUCGCACAGCAAAAUGAUAUGAGGGAUUGCUUCCCCUGAAUCGGGUGGUCACUAUUAACCAGCAUUCCAGAUUUCUCGGGAUCCGUCCCUCUUGAUCGCAUUCGUACCGAUUUUAAUGGAAUAUUCACCGAGAGUGUCCUGUCAUUUCCUCCUACAACUUAUCCGCAACUCAGGGACCUAAGUGUGAAUGAUCGAUUGCUGAAGCUCUACCCUACGUAAUGGAGCCUCUCUUCAUCUAUAUGUCGCAGAUCCGUUAUGUCUUGCUCCCAAGCGAAAAACAAAUUUCAGAUAUUUAGGUGUAGUUGCGAGAUAGAGUUUUUUCAGUAAGCAGAUUGCAACUUACAAGCGAUUGGAGUCUCGGUGGAGGGUCUCUUGUUUGAUAUCGUGGUCAGCAUUUAUGUUUUGCAAAUUUGCACAUGUACCAGAAGGUGUGAAUGUCCAGUAAAGAGGAAACAAGCGGGUCGUUCAGAGCAGGCUGGGGAGCCUCAUUUUGAUUGAACUUGGCCAUUCUUGGGUCGGGAAUGCACUGCCCACACAGCCAAAUUCCUCGGCGAAGUCGGGGAAUUCGAGACCCACUUGAUACAUGUGGUACCCCUUGUAACGCGCCGGCGAUGUGAUGUUCCUAGCAAAGGCAGCGUUGUGGAAUAUUUAUGGUAGUAGGUCUGGUCUUUGUUCCUCAGCUGCCGUGCUCUGCUGUAGGACCUAUGUCUUCUAAAGUCAGUGACGAGGGAGUUUCUUCGGUUAAUGGCUACAAACGUUCGAGCAGUAUUGUAGUUCCUUCGAACAAGAUCGAAGACUGCAGCACUCUUUAAUUGUGUGUUUUUUUCUAGCUGGUCUCCUCAAAUCUCCGUAUGGCUUUCUUGAGUUGGGGCUCAUCGCUGAAAAGAGAAAAAUGCCCUGUGGAACGGGUACGGGGUAAUGAAUCAAACGGAGUCGGAAAAAUAGGACCGUCGUCAUCGAGAGGCUAUAACGAUCGAGUAAUUGUCGAAGCUGCAAACCCUGGUCCGCUCCGAAUCAGCAGGAAUCUUCCUAGUGCUGUACCAGGCACUAGCGUGGAGGAAGUGUCGGGUGCCGUUCGCAUUCCUGACGAGGUCAGAUCUACGCCUCAAAAUGGUUGGGUGAUAGGGUUAGAUUUCGGAACCACAUUCUCAGGGUUUGCCUACGCCAAGGUUUCAGAUCCUGAGCACAUCUAUGUCCAUCACGACUGGCCCUGCAUGAGCGGUGGGAACGAAUAUUGCAAGACAUUGACGGGCCUUUUCUACACAAAGACGGCGACUGGGGAAUUGCAGUGUACGUCUUGGGGUCACCCAGCUCGAUCCGAUUAUAUGGCGAAUCGCGGGGAUAGUUCCACCCGAGGAUUUUACCUGUCAAAGUUCAAGCUGCUUCUGAAGAAAGAUCUGGACGUUUCUUCCCUGGCGAGUGCCAUACCGCCGUCACUUACAGUGAGCAAAAUCAUCACACAAUAUUUGAAGCACAUCGGCGAGUAUGCCUUAUCCGUACUCAGGAACCAUGAUGGAGAGGUGAGGUUCAGCCAAGACUCAGUGCAAUGGUGCGUGACAGUGCCUUCAAUUUGGGACGAUGCGGCGAAGCAGCAGAUGAAGGUGUGCAUGAUGGACACGGGGCUUGUAUCUUGCGAUAGCGGAAUAGAGUCGGUGAAAGUUGUCUUGGAACCAGAAGCAGCUUCCUUCCACUGCCACCAACUUAUGCCAAAGCAAUACCCCAAAGUGUGCUUAGACAGAUGUGAUAAUAUUCUGGUGGCCGACAUCGGGGGUGGGACAGUCGACAUCGUGGUGCAGAAGUUGAAAGGCAUCGGGAGGGAUUACAAAGUUGAGGAGCUCACAGAAAGCUCUGGUGGUCUUUGCGGUGGGACAAUUGUUGACGAUUAUUUCUUGCGGUUCGUGUCCAAACGAAUAGGAUGCCCGGAAGAAUUUCUGCGGUUGGAUGCCCAAAACUGCAGGUCGCGCUUUCUCAAGGAUUGGGAAGAAAUCAAGCGUGGGUUCGGCCAUGAGAUGAGGCCGACUACGAAUACAGAAAUUUCACUGCACCGUAACUUGGCUGAAAAGUGGGAGGAUUACGAGAGGAGACGAGGGUAUCCACCGCGAAAGUCAUAUAGCGAAAUUAAACUCACACAGCAGGAUAUGAUGUCCAUUUUCGAUCCAGUGGUGGAUGAGAUUAUCAAACUGAUUGCUGCCCAGCUAGAGAAAGUGACCAACAUCAAGGCGAUAUUCGUGGUUGGUGGAUUCGCAGGCUCUCAGUAUCUAAUGCGACAAAUCCGAGCGCGUUUUUCUCGUCCAGAGACGCAUAUCCUCAGUCCUCCUCACCCUGGAAGCGCCAUCGUUAAAGGUGCCGUUGCCCUGGCACUCAAUCCCGGGGUCGUUGUGGCUCGAAUUCUUAAGAGAACUUACGGCACCAGUCUAACCAAGCGAUUAGAGCCAGGUGUUGACCCUAGGCACUUACUGAAAGUCGCCAUUGACGGGUCGCAGUGGUGUCGCAAGAGAUUCGACAUUUUCGCGAAGAAAGGGACUCGGAUGGAGAUCAACAACUGUGUAAAGAAGGAAUACGCACCAUACAAAAGCGGCCAAUCACACAUCAAGUUCGAUCUGCACAGUUCAGGUGACGAGGAACCCAGGUACACAGAUGACCCCGGCGUUGUUAGCGAGGGAGAGUUCACCGUCGACUUACCCAAGAACCCCACACACGACAACGUGCCGGUCUACGAAUUUUCUUUGUACUUCGGGCGCAGCAGCAUCGAACUUCGAGAAGAGGCCAAGUUCCCACACAUCCACGAGGCAGAGCGACGGGUGUAUCGUAGUUGGCUCGAAAAAAUGAAAAAGAAACAAAUCCAGGGGGAGAGCACGUACACCUUAGAACUGACUGUCUCCGACUACACCUGAGCAGCUCACCGCCUUGCAACUGUGUGCUUCGUCUACAGUCGGCCGAAUCAUCACCUUUGUCUGGGUUGUUUGUCCUCCUGAGCUGAGGAAUCAUGCGUGAGAAAACGCCUCCCAGCUAUUGUUUUUGUGAGAUUAGGAAUGGUCCUCCAUCGCCAGAGUAUGCAGGAAUAUGAGAGUAGUGCACUGCAAGUUUGCUUGCAGAACUGUUGCUGUGUACAAGGAUGUAAACUACUCUAGGCAAAGUCUGUACACUGUAUAUUACGGAAUUAAUUGAACUAACCCAGUGAUACGACUUUAUUGGAUU